AUGCCUGAAGACAGAAAUGCUGGAGUCCGCAGCCCGGGUGCCUUAGCAGCAGCUCCGUUCAUUCCUAAAACUACUUAUAGGAGAAUUAAGCGAUGUUUUAGUUUCCGUAAAGGUAUUUUUGGCCAGAAGCUGGAAGAUACUGUGCGGUAUGAAAAGCGGUAUGGAAACCGCCUGGCUCCCAUGCUGGUGGAGCAGUGUGUGGAUUUUAUCCGGCAGCGGGGGCUGAAGGAAGAAGGCCUUUUUCGACUGCCUGGGCAGGCUAACCUUGUCAAGGAGUUACAGGAUGCAUUUGACUGUGGAGAGAAGCCUUCUUUUGACAGCAAUACAGAUGUGCACACAGUGGCCUCACUGCUUAAGCUGUACCUAAGGGAGCUGCCAGAACCCGUCAUACCAUAUGCAAAAUACGAAGAUUUUCUUUCCUGUGCCAAGAUGCUCAGCAAGGAGGAAGAAACGGGAAUGAAAGAACUGGUGAAGCAAGUGAAGAGCCUGCCAGCUGUCAAUUUUAAUCUGCUGAAAUAUAUCUGUAGAUUCCUUGAUGAAGUCCAGUCUUACUCAGGUGUAAACAAAAUGAGUGUGCAAAAUCUGGCUACUGUUUUUGGCCCCAACAUCCUUCGCCCCAAAGUGGAAGAUCCUCUCACUAUCAUGGAGGGUACAGUGGUAGUCCAGCAGCUAAUGUCAGUGAUGAUUAGCAAACAUGAAGAACUGUUUCCCAAGGAUGCAGACCCUCAGAUGGGAUCUGAGGUGUGCAACAACAACAACGAAAUGCCAAAGAAAGUGAUUGUGGGGCAGCUACAGAACAAAGAGAACAACAACACCAAGGAGACUGCAGUGAGGCGCUGCUCUUGGGACACACCCGAGUCUCCCCAAAGGGCAAGCGUGGACAGUGAGUCUCUGACUGCUCUGCCAGGCAGCAAGACAAAUAGCCCCAGGAACAGCAUCCAGAAACAAGAUGUCACCAGAAGCCCUCCACUCACACUGAAAAAAAAUCCUGCGUUUAAUAAAGGCAGUGGCAUAGUCACCAACGGGUCCUUCAGCAGCUCUGCAGAGGGGCCUGAGAAGAGCCAGGCCCUACCAAACUGUACCCUGCAAACUAGGAGAACAUCAUCACUGAAAGGACCGGUGACUAAGAUGGGCACACACAGUGUGCAGAACGGAGGGGUGCGGAUGGGUGUUUCUAGCACAGACGGGCACAGCAGCACCCUCAACACCCGGACCCUAGGGUGGGUGCCCAAUGGCUAUGUCACUCUGAGGGACAACAAGCAAAAGGAGUCGGUGAAUGAGUCAGGCCAGCACAACAGGCUUUCCACCUAUGACAAUGUUCACCAGCAGUUCUCUGUGGUGAACUCCGAUGACAAACAGAGUGUGGACAGUGCCACCUGGUCAACAUCCUCUUGUGAAAUAUCCCUCCCUGAGCACUCCAACUCCUGUCGUUCGUCCACCACCACCUGCCCGGAGCAGGACUUUUGUGCAGGUAACUUUGAAGACUCUGUGCUGGAUGGGCCACUACAUGAAGACCUCUCUAACCCAGAUGACUAUGAGAACAAAAGUGACAGAAGGAGUGUGGGGGCCCAUAGCAGCCGAGCCACCAGCAGCAGCGAUAACAGUGAAACGUUUGUGGCCAACAGUACUAACAAUCACAGUGCUUUGCACAGUCUGGUGUCCAGCUUGAAGCAAGAGAUGGCCAAGCAAAAACUAGAGUAUGAGACGAGGAUAAAAAGCUUGGAGCAGAGAAAUCUUACCCUGGAGACAGAAAUGAUAGCUCUGCACGAAGAGCUGGAUCAAGAGCGGAAGAAGUUCACGAUGGUAGAAAUCAAAAUGCGUAACGCAGAACGGGCCAAGGAGGAUGCAGAGAAGAGGAAUGAUAUGUUGCAGAAGGAAAUGGAGCAGUUUUUCUCCACUUUUGGAGAACUUACAGUGGAGUCUCGCAGACCAGAAAGGGGCAACACCAUCUGGAUCCAGUGAGCACUGGAAGCACAGACUGUGGGACUUUGAGGAAGGGCUCGGACGUAUUAUAUUGUAUCAGGUGGCUGGUCACCUGUCUGAGGCUAGUACUCAACAUAAUGUUAGAAACUCUUGAAGGAAGACACGGUGCAGACAUUAACCACUCGUAUCUACAGUGUGUACUUAUCAAGUUAUACUCUUUGAAUGCUUCGUGAGAGUACUGUCAAGUGUUACAACUGGAUACGUGUAUAUAAAUUUUUAAAAAAUCACUUUAGAGAGCAAGAGAUGUAUCUCAAGAAAUAUUUUAAUGCAAGUCUUGUAUUUAAACUGGUAAAUUGAAAUGUUGUUGCAAUCAAGCUUUAUAUCAAGGCUUUUCUCCCUUGCACUUAACAUAAUAAGCUAUUUUUGGCAUUGUGUUACCAUUAGCUUAUUUUGGAUAUCAAAUCUAUUUUUUUUUUUUAUUAUCCCUCUUUCUGGGGAAUGAAGGUAAACAGAUAUGUUAGGAU